CAUGAUCAUGCACGUAGUCUAUUCGCUCAGGGUGAGCUAAAUCAGCCGUGCUUAUGCAUAUGAACCCAUUUCCCGCGGCUUGUACUCAUCCUUCUCAUCACAAUACCUCAAAUGGCGGAGGUGGUGGGCGCCGUCGCCGCAGUUGUCCAGUUCGUGGACGUAGCUCUUCGCCUUUCAUCCUGUCUCGAACGCUUCUGCUCAGAUGUGCGCAAUGUACCGCGGCGUUUUGUUCAGCUGCAGACCGACCUACGUCAGCAAAUCGAGAUCGCGCAACAGAUCCAGAAUCACCGCUUGCCUGGUUUCGCGGCGGCAGUAGCGUCCUCAGCGUUUAACACGCCUCUAGCUGAGUACAUUGAUCUCGCUGAGGAGCUGUGUAAGACGCUGGAAUGUCUACUCGGCCGUAAGAAUGAUGGCGUCUUGCGACGAGGCUGGGAUGCCAUUUGUUCAGUCCGUAAGAAGGAAGAGGUGGUAAGCAUAUGUGAUCGACUUGAACAGAAGCAGAGCACGCUCUCCUUGUGGCUGGAAGCAGCGAAUCUCAAGCUCAUAUCCAGUAUCGCGGCGACUACAGGCCAGACGCGGCUUGAUGUCGGAGAUACCCUGACGCUCGUUGAGACAGUGAACAACACAUCGAACAGCAUCGCAACGAACACAGCACAGCUACUUCCGUACAUCGAACAGAUUGACCGAACCAUAGCAACCACAUCCAUCAGGACGGAACACAUCUUACACGAUACCCAACGCCUCCUUACAGGAUACGAUGCGGAUGCAAUAGCACGGCAAUCAAGUCGACAGAUCAUGGCGAUGACUUUGGCGAAUACAGAGCAAAUUAUUGCGGCUAUCGAAAAGUUGACCCUGAGCCCAGGCAAACACAGCCCCCAUGCACAAUCCGGCUCCGUUACGGACCACGUGUAUGCCGGCUCCUCGGCAAGCCAGCAAGUUCAGCAAAGCACAGUAAGCCAUCGCCGUAGACCACAACGAUGCAAAUGCCGUACUGUCAGCACUGCACGUCGGUGGCAGCCGUUGUCUAUCCUUCGAUUCACACGAACUUUCCGAACGCAACACUUCUCAUACUGUCCGGAUUACCGAAACUCGGAGCAAAGCCUUGAGGUUACCCUGCAGGUUGUCCCUCCAUCGUGGCUUCUUUACCAUACCAUCGACUUUGGUACUCGAGUAAGAAACUGGUCAACUAUGAACCAAUUCUCAGUCAGUCCAAUCGUAAUCGGCACGAGCAGGCUCGUUGAUUCGAAUACAUCACCUGCAUUUCUUGCGAUAUCGGACGCUAAGAAGGAGCUCUUUAAGCUUCGACAAGGUGAGCUGAGCAUUCAUCAGCAUGACAUUGUGACUCAGCUCCACAACACGCUACAACGGAUGUUCGACAACGCAGAAGCGUCAGCUCUAGAUGUGGACAGCGAUGGCCACACUGUCUUGAAUGAAACUGUUCAGCUUUUCAUCUCACAUCUUGGGUCGCCAUGCGUCGCGGAAUACGUAGCUCUUUUUCAAUUCUUAUUGGAUAAAGGGGCCGAUCCCAACGUGAUAAGAGACGCCAAGCCGGUUCUUACAUUCAGUGAUUUAACGCACCAUGGGGGCACCACAUGUGAUCAACUCAUGGACCCAAUGUAUUUCUACUCAAGCCCCCUUACUCUGGAGCCCAAAGGACUCCAGACCAUCCUUGAACUACUCGUAAAGGCUGAGGGACACACAUCGAAACCUUUUGUAGGUUCCACAUACCGAGGUGAUACAUGCAUUGGGUUUCGCCGGGAUGUCCUACAACUAAGCUUAUUUGAAGACCAAAUCGAUAUCACGGACUUAGGGGAUCUUGUGCCAAUCAUUCUGCAACAACAAGAGGAGCAUUUCCACCGCAUGAUUAAAAAGACUGAGCCAUCGAUAUUGAAUCGUAAAUCAACAAUCAAUGGACUUGCUCCAAUCCAUUUCGCCGUCUUAUGGCCAACCGGACUGAGGAUGCUAGUGGAAAGAGGUGUGGAUCUGAACAUCGAAGACAACUAUGGUCGGCGACCUGUACAUCUUGCCGUGGCCCUAGGGAUGAUCGAUUCUGUCCGAUGUCUGCUCAACGCAGACUGCGGGCUCUUUACCCCAGCAGAAGACUGCAGCCUAUUGCAAUAUGCGCUAGUGUUGGAAGACGAACAAGAGAAGUCACAGAUCCUGUUUCAACUCACCCAGGCGCUAUGUGAUCGCCAUACUCGCCUUAAGGACAUGGCCAUUUCGUAUCUGCCGCCUUCAGUAUCCACCAAACUCGAGUUAACGCUCGGCGAGCUCCAGGAACAGCGUGCGCCAUCGAUUAUGGAGACGCUUCUAUCGCACGGGAUCGAUGUUCCUCCGGCUCUAGAGCUCGACGGGAAGGGCUUUUAUGACUUCUUCAAGGUGGGUCCUCGACAGGUUCAAACAACGUCAAAAGCCGCAAACGCACUGUGGUCUGCCGAAUUCUACCGUUUUGACGAACCCAACGACGAUGGGUGGACACCGUUCUUGCAAAGCUGGUUCUAUCAUAACUUUGAGAUGAUAGACUGGUUCGCAAGAAGAGGUGUAGAACUAGAUUCCAAGCAUACGAACGCCCCUUUGUCUGCACUUCAUCUCUAUGCAAAGGGAAUGCGUUACUUCGGGAAAGCUCCUCGGCCCAUAUCACCACUAGAAGAGCACUGCAUCGAAUCGAUACAAAAGAAACUUGGUAUACCCUACGAUGAUUGUACUUGUAUAUGCUCGCCCGAGGGCUGCAUACCUAGCAAAUUUGUGUUCGAAUUCAACUACGAAGGACUGUAUUCGCAAAGACGUGAAAUCCAACAUUUCAUCAAACAUUUGAACCCACCAAAGCAUCUCCUAAGUCGAUACAUCUACCACCUCACUCAACACAUUCUGUUCGAUUUCUUGGGUGGGGAACAUACUUGCUGUUCUCUUGGACGGGACUAUGUGUCGAUGCUGAAGCUUCGGAGACCGACAAGGACGAACAGCUGGCGAAAGACAUCUUACGGCUCCAUUGAUUUCCCCGGUGAGCAUUAUCAAUGCUGCACGAAUGGACUUCCCGUACCACGAGUAGAGAGUCUACGGGCUUUGCAAGACCCUGACGUCUUCAGCGUAACGCUGGACUCUGCGAUGUCACACUACGACGAGAUGGAUCGGCCUGAUACAAUGCCAGCCGAGGAGCAAAUUUACGCGUAUAUCAAGUGGAUUUUGGAGGAAGGAUAUCUGGACAUCGAUGUAAGUCACGGGUGCGAACAUGACCUGAAUGAAGACAUGGAGUAAGAUCUGGACGAAGAGUUCGUACCUCAGUCAAACAAUAC